AUGGGUGCUGCGUUUCUCUCCUGCUUUCCAGGUUUCCAGCAGAUUUCCCUGCUCUCUUCCUAUGAAGUUGUAACCCCGCAGAGGUUGGGAAGGGAACGGCGAGAGGCUUCCAACAGCUCCUCAGUGCAGGACAAAGUGUCGUAUGCGAUCGAGAUCGAGGGACAGGAAUACACGAUUCAUCUGGAGAAGAACAAAGAACUGCUGCCCAAAGAUUUCACAGUUUAUACCUAUGACAAGGAGGGAAAGUUGCAAUUGAAAUAUCCAGAUGUCCAGGAUCACUGCCAUUAUCAGGGACACGUGGAGGGGACCCUGGAUUCCGUGGUGGCUGUCAGCACUUGCUCAGGGCUCAGGGGCUUGGUGACAAUAGGGAAUGUCACUUACGGGAUUGAGCCCAUGGAUUCCUCCUCUGGCUCUGAACACAUUUUGUAUCGACUGGAUAAUGUGAAGAAAGAGCCCACGACGUGUGGAGCGAGCACUGAAGGCCAGGAAGAGGAACAGGCAGAGGGAAACCCCCAUCCCAGUAUGACCCAGCUGCUCCGGAGAAAGAGAGCAGUCCUGCACCAGACAAGAUAUGUGGAGCUGUUCAUAGUUGUGGAUAAAGAAAAGUUCGAAGAUUUUGGGAAGAGUGAAACAGAAGUAAGAGAACACAUGGUGCAGCUGGCAAACCUGCUUGACAGUAUGUACAUCAUGCUGAACAUCCGCAUCGUGCUGGUCGGGCUGGAGAUCUGGAAGUACGAAAACAUGAUCAGCAUGGACGGGGGGGCUGGGGAUGUGCUCUGGAACUUCGUGCAGUGGCGAGAGAAGAACCUCGUGGUGCGGCGGAGACACGACAGCGCCCAGUUAGUGCUGAAGAAGGGGUUUGGUGGCACAGCUGGAAUGGCCUACGUGGGAACAGUGUGCUCCAAGAGCCAUGCAGGAGGCAUUAACGUGUUUGGAAGGAUCAGUAUCCAGCUGUUUGCAUCCAUCAUGGCUCACGAGCUUGGCCAUAACCUGGGCAUGAACCACGAUGACCAGCGGGGCUGUCACUGCGGGGCCAGCAGCUGCAUCAUGAGCUCUGGAGCAUCGGGAUCGAGGAACUUCAGCAGCUGCAGUGCAGAAGACUUUGAGAAGCUGACACUCAACAAGGGUGGGAGCUGCCUGCUCAACGUUCCGAGGCCCGACGAGACCUACAGCAUCCCGUACUGCGGGAACAGGCUGGUGGAUGCUGGGGAGGACUGUGACUGUGGCUCACCAAAGGAAUGUGAGAGUGACCCGUGCUGCGAGCCAGGAACUUGCAGGCUCCGAUCAGGUGCUGAAUGUGCUUACGGUGACUGCUGCAAAAACUGCCAGGUAGAAGACUCCAGCCUGUUGUUUGGAAGUUGA